AUGAUCACAAGACGUGCGCUAGUCGAUCCGCUGGCUCGGCAGCCGCUCAAAACGUCGACCAACAUCCUCCGAGCAGCUUCGAUCAUCCCACGCUGCACCUUUGGCUCCACGGCUUCAUCUGCUGCUGCUGACAAGACAAGCUCAACAUGGAAGUUGGCAAAAGUUCCGCAUCGUGGAGUCGUUCAGGUCAGCGGCAGAGAUACUGUCAAGCUUCUGCAAGGUCUCGUCAGCAACGAUGUCAAGGCGCUCGAUUCCACAACGUUGACGCACCAACCACCAAACAUGGUCUACGCAGGCUUUAUGAACCCGCAAGGUCGAAUGCUCGCCGACGUCUUUAUCCAUCGUCAACCCGCAAACCAGGAUGGCUCACCUCGAUGGCUUCUCGACAUCGAUUCUCGCACGCUUCCCUCUCUCGUCGCCUUUAUCAAAAAAUUCAAGCUUCGAAGCAAGGUCAAGCUCACCGACCUGUCCACCGACUAUCAUGUCGUUCAAGCCUGGGACUCCAACUCGCAAGCACCGCCAACCAUCGCCGAAAAACUCAGUAUCGAUCCCAGAUCUCCAUCCAUCGGUUACCGUGGCGUUCUAUCCGCUGCUGAGAUUCUUGAUGUUGCUGCUGCUGCGUCCACAGUCGACGGUCUCGAGUAUACCUUACAUCGAAUCACCAACGGCGUUGCCGAAGGCGCUCUUGAUUUCCCCCAAGCUUCAAGUUUACCUCUCGAGAACAACCUCGACUACAUGCACGGCGUUGAUUUCCGCAAAGGCUGCUAUGUUGGACAAGAAUUGACCGCCAGAACCCAUCACACCGGUGUGGUCAGGAAACGCAUCGUACCUCUCUCCUUCUACCUUGCCGGCACGCCUCCACCUGCUUCAAUCCACGACGUCGAUCCAGCCUUCCCACAUCAGCUCCCAACACAUCUCGCCGAGAUUCGUUCCAAACCCAUCUCUACCGCCUCGGAAGCAGCCACCAAGCCGGCUCGUGGUAAAGCAGCCGGCAAAUUCACCUCGGGUGUCUACAACGUCGGCCUGGCCUGUUUGCGGCUAGAACAGGUGAGAAGAUGGGCCGAUAGCUCAAGUGCAGAUCCAAACAGCAAGCACGAUGCCUUGGAAUUCUCCGUCUUGUCAGCAGAUGGCGAGACGACGCUGCUGGCCCGACCAUGGAUUCCAAGCUGGUGGCCGCACGACCAGCCAGUACCAUCAGAUCAGGACACUUGA